GCACGGAGGCAGAGGCUCGGGUGCGUUCAAGAUUCGGCUCCCCCCGUAAGCCACCGCCAUGGCCGAGGAAGGCAUUGCUGCUGGCGGUGUAAUGGAUGCGAAUCCCGCGCUACCAGAGGUGCUGAACACAGCCCUCGGUCACCACGGCCUCCCCCGUGACAUCCGCAAAGCCACCAAAGCCCUAGACAAGCGCCAAGCCCAUCCUUGUGUGCUUGCAUCCAACUGUGAUGAGCCUAGGUAUGCCAGGUUGGUGGAGGCACUUGGGGCUAAACACGAGGUCAACCUAAUUAAGGCUAAAGAAAGAAAGAAAGAAACUAGGGAAUGGGUGGGCCUCUGUAAAAUCGACAGAGAAGGGAAACCCCGUAAAGUGGUUGGCUGCAGCUGUGUUGUGGUGAAGGUCUACGGCAAAGAAUCACAGGCCAAGGACGUCAUCGAGGAAUACUGCACAUGCAAGAAACAAAUAAAAACUUUGGAAGAUGGCAGGCAUCCUGACAAACGUGCUUGGUCCCCGAAGUUCUGUCCAAGAAACCUACACCCGUCCACGUUUCGCAAUCCAAACCAGUCCCGGACCAACUGUGCUGAGUGA